AGUUGGUCGGGCAGAAGAGAGCGAGGGAAGCAAAGCCAUGGAGAAGACCCGGCGGCCCGUAGUGGUGACUGGGUUCGGUCCAUUUGGAGAGUAUUCUGUCAAUGCCAGCUGGAUCGCAGUUCAGGAGUUGGAGAAAAUGGGCCUCGGAGAGGAUGUGGAUCUACAUGUCUACGAGAUUCCUGUUGAGUAUCAGGCUGUGCAGAGGCUCAUUCCCGCCUUGUGGAAGAAACACAGCCCGCAACUUGUAGUUCACGUGGGACUGUCUGGCAUGGCCACAACGGUGACAUUGGAAAAAUGCGGCCACAACGUGGGCUACCGGGGUUUGGACAACUGCCACUUCUGCCCCGGUUCCGAAUGCUGUAUUGAAGGGGGCCCAGAAUGCAUCGAUUCGAUCAUCGACAUGGACGCCGUGUGCAAGAGAGUCUCUGCGUUAGGACUGGAUGUCACCGUCACGAUAUCAGAGGACGCCGGGAGGUAUCUAUGUGACUUCACAUACUACACUUCGCUGUACCAGAGCCACGGCCGAUCUGCAUUUGUCCACGUGCCUCCCUUGGGGAAACCAUACAGUGCAGAACAGCUGGGCCGUGCACUCCAGGCCAUCAUAGAGGAAAUGCUUAAUGUCUUAGAACAAUCUGAGAGCAACAUCAACUGUCACAACGAACAUUGAACUUGGGCCAAAGCCCCCGCCUCUUAACUUUCCUCAUGGUUGCACUUCCAAAAACUUUUUUCUCCUGUUCUUACAGAAUCCCAGCUGGCAGCGUCCGUGUAGAGGAUUGAGAACAGAAAUGGAUUCCUGGCACUCUGAGGAGAUACAUUUUGGGGGAUCCUCCUUUGCUUCUCUCUCAAUUCCAGCCAAACUAGCUCUCGCUAGCUUCUCGGUGUCCCCAUCGGUGUUCAGGUCCCGCAAAGGCUGUUAAAGUGGAUUGAUUUGCCAGUUAGGCAAUUGCUCCGGUUGUCUAAUGUGCUCCAGUUCAAUUUUGCAAGGUCUUCGUGUUUUCAGAAGGACAGUUAGAUGGUUCCAGUCAACUUGUAGCAAAGCUUUCAGCUGAAAAUGUAGGCCCCUCGUAGGAAGUACUGUUCCCUUUACAGGAAGAUGUAUUUGUACAUUUGCCAGGAAGCUUGGAAGCUUUUUUCUUCCCAGCUUGAAACAGAUUCCUCCAAUUUACACAGUAGAGUUCUGCUCUUCAUGAGGAACGCUUGGUGAUGGAAAGAGAGGUGGGAACAUUUCCUUUAAUCAACACCUCAUGCCAAAUCUGUCGGUGGCUUUAAAAA